AUGGCGCACUGCCUCGCCGCCGUUGCCUCCUUCUCGCCGUCCGCCGUCCGCCGGCGGCUGUCCAGCCAGGUGGCUAAUGUAAUUUUGAGCCGGAGCUCAGUUUCCUUCCAUAGCCAGAAGAUGAGCUUUGUAUCCAUCAGUUCAAGACCGAGUUCGCUUCGGUUUAAGAUUUGUUGUUCGGCCACGGGUGAGGCACAGGCCAAGAAAGAGACAGUCGACAAGGUUUGUAUGAUAGUCAAGAAGCAGCUGGCAGUCCCUGAUGGGACCCCUGUCACAGCGGAGUCGAAAUUUUCUGAACUUGGUGCUGACUCACUGGAUACGGUUGAGAUUGUGAUGGGCCUCGAGGAAGAGUUCAACAUCACCGUCGAUGAAACAAGCGCGCAGGACAUUGCAACCGUGCAGGAUGCAGCGGACCUUAUCGAGAAGCUUGUGACAGAGAAGACAGCGUAA